UUCAACCCUGAGCUACAGAUAUUCUCUUCUAUUGGAGUGAUAUCUUUGAUUUGCCUUCCAGCUUUUAUUCAGACUAACUGGCAAACAAUAUACCAGUUUGGGAAAUCACAUCUGUUUCAUGGGUUCUAUCUUUUAUUCAUUUUUGUUAAUGCCACGGAAUUUUAUAGCUUUCACUUCUGUAACUUAACUAUUAUUCUUUCAUUGUCACACUCAUGUGAUCCAAGGCUGAAGUGCCUCCCCAGAAAGGAGUAAUAGAGCCAUUUCCUUGGUGCACUCUUGAGAAUUCCACUUCUGGUAUUUCUUGGUGAAGAAGGAUGAAAAUAUGAGAGUGAUUUUGGAAUUCCAGGAUCUGAACUUGUUUAUCUGUACCAGAAAGUUUUCCAUGAUUUCUUUGGAAAACACCCUCCCUUUCCUUCUCUCAGGGAAUUGGUUUUUCUGUAAGCUUUCAGCAUGUGUACUUUCAUAUGUCCACUAGACUGUUAACAUAGGAAAUAAUUCUGGUCUAUAUUCUACAAGCUGUACUCCAGUUUAGAACACUUCCUUUUGGUUUUCCUCUGCCAGAGUUCACCUGGCUGAUACUGGGACUGGAAGUAAUGCAUGUAGUAGUUGAAGAGCACAGAUCUCUGGUUAGUAAGUUUAUUGCAAGAACUUAGGAAAGCGGUUAAAAAGACUUCCAGUGACCACUAAAUAUAAAACGUAAGUCAUAUUUCUAGUGAAAUCAAGGCUCAAUUCUUGUACCAUUUUCUUCUGCCUGCACAAUGCAACAUGCUGGAGAUAUCCUGCUUUUGAGUGGGAAGAACUGUUACUGCCUAUCCCUUGUUAUGAAUUAGUGUGAUUUCAUGCUAUUUGCUUCUGGCCUGCGUAGAAUUAGCACUCACAUCCACUAUGCUGACAGUUUUUAUGAAGUGUUUGAGAUCGUACAUGAGGAUCAUCGUUGCCCACUUCUGCUUCCAAGUUUAAGAUUGGGGUUAUCUCUGUCUUAUCAGAGACAGUUGUCUGUUGGUACUCAUUCUCAUUCCAUGCUCCAGGAUCACAUCCAUGGUUUACUUAGAUUGAGUUCAUGCAACUGGUUUUAAGAUUUAUGAUAGUCACUAAUUCUAGAUUCUGAUUGCAAGGUGAUUUUUCCAGGACCUUUCUGAUAUACCAGCCUCAAAACUUACAUUCACACACACUCUUCUGAAUUACUAAAUAAGCUGGUAAACCUAAGAAAAUGUUUUCUUUUCUUACCGAACCUUCCUUUGGUAUUGAUUACUGUCAGUGCUUCUAAUAUGGGAUAAGAUGCACUCUCCAGCUCCCUAAUCAGUGGUCUCUCCCCAGACAUCAGUCAGUUAUUUGGAACUCAUGGACAUAUUCAAGGCAUUAGAGGUCUUCUAUUUCAUCCUUUGGAACUAGGUUGCCUCAGAAAGUGUUACAAUUAUCUUUUACAUCAGCAAGCAAUGGAAUAUUCAGACCCAGAGUUUCAUGCUCAUUACCCCUUGAGUUUGGGAGCACUGCAUUCUUCAGUAAUUAUCAUGGAGAUUCACCUGGCAGGGGCAGGUAACAGUGUCACUAACUACCUCAGUAGAGCCUUGGUGGUAACUUACUAAUGGGAGCUAUACCAUACAGUAGUGGGGGCUCAGUUCUACCAAGGGAAAUUACCAUCAGUUGAUUAGUUUACAUGGGUAGCAAACAUGCAGUGCAGAUAUAAUUUCAUCAGAGCAGGCUGUAGCCAAGGCACACAACUCAACCCUCCAUCUUCUUAAUAGUUAUCUGGCUUCAGGUAGCCUGGUUUUUCCCCCCCUCCCCAGAGGUGCUGCCUUGGGAAACUUAGGGAAUAGGUGGGAACAAUUCCCAGGAGUAUUUGUGCUGAGGAGCAUGCUUUUCAUCAAAAAGCUGUCCAUGCCUCUAAAAAAUUCCAACAUUGAAUGACUUUUCACAAGUGCAUCAUCCAUAUAUGUAAAUGCACAGAUGAUCACUUGAAGAACCACAUUUACAUAAAAGCCAUUGCCAAGUCGGGUCUCCAGCACAUGGUAGCCCAGCCAACCCCCACAUUUGCCUUAAGAAGUGACUCAGAGAGGGAGAUUCGUAACUCUGUCGACUGGAGUGAGACUGCAGUUUAUGGAGAGCACAUCUGGUUUGAAACCAAUGUCUCUGGGGACUUCUGCUACGUGGGGGAACAAAACUGUGUGUCAAAAAUGCUGCAAAAACCUAUGUCCAAGCGCAAAUGUGCAGCCUGCAAAAUUGUAGUCCACACUCCUUGCAUAGAACAACUAGAGAAAAUUAAUUUCCGGUGCAAGCCUUCCUUUAGAGAAUCUGGAUCAAGGAAUAUCCGGGAGCCUACUGUUGUGCGGCAUCACUGGGUACACCGGAGACGCCAGGAAGGGAAAUGUCGACAAUGUGGAAAGGGUUUCCAGCAGAAAUUUGCCUUCCACAGCAAGGAAAUCGUAGCCAUCAGCUGUUCCUGGUGUAAGCAAGCAUAUCACAGUAAAGUUUCAUGCUUCAUGCUGCAGCACAUUGAAGAGCCCUGUUCAUUGGGGGCACAUGCUGCUGUUGUCAUCCCCCCCACCUGGAUUUUGCGUGUCCGGCAUCCCCAAAACCCUCUAAAGUCAAGUAAGAAGAAGAAAAGGACAUCCUUCAAACGAAAAUCCAGCAAGAAGGGGCCUGAGGAAGGAAGAUGGAAACCCUUUGUUAUCAAACCCAUCCCAGCACCUCUCAUGAAGCCUCUGCUUGUGUUUGUGAAUCCCAAGAGUGGUGGGAAUCAGGGAACAAAAAUGUUCCAAUCUUUUAUGUGGUACCUCAACCCUCGGCAAGUUUUUGAUCUCAGCCAAGGAGGUCCCAAAGAAGCGUUGGAGUUGUAUCGUAAAGUGCACAACUUACGGAUUCUGGCAUGUGGAGGAGAUGGUACAGUGGGAUGGAUCCUCUCAAUUUUGGACCAGUUACGCCUGAACCCUCCACCUCCCGUGGCCAUUCUUCCUUUGGGGACAGGAAAUGACCUAGCAAGAACGCUGAACUGGGGCGGGGGUUAUACUGAUGAACCCUUGUCAAAAAUCCUGUCUCAUGUAGAAGAGGGGGAAAUUGUGCAACUUGACCGCUGGAAUCUGCAGGUGGAGCCCAAACCAGAGGGAAAUCCAGAAGAGAAGGAUGAAACAGCAACAGAUAAGCUCCCUCUGGAUGUCUUCAACAAUUAUUUCAGCCUUGGUUUUGAUGCUCGAGUGACACUGGAAUUCCAUGAAUCUCGAGAGGCCAACCCAGAGAAAUUUAACAGUCGAUUUCGGAAUAAAAUGUUCUAUGCUGGGACAGCAUUCUCUGAUUUUCUCAUGGGGAGCUCCAAAGACUUAGCAAAACACAUCAAAGUAGUGUGUGAUGGAACGGAUCUGACUCCCAAGAUCCAAGAUCUGAAGCCUCAAUGCCUCGUCUUCCUAAACAUUCCAAGGUACUGUGCAGGCACUAUGCCUUGGGGCAACCCUGGAGAGCAUCAUGACUUUGAACCCCAACGCCAUGAUGAUGGCUGCCUUGAAGUCAUUGGCUUCACCAUGACAUCGCUGGCAGCACUGCAAGUGGGUGGCCACGGAGAGCGGCUGCACCAGUGCCGGGAGGUGGUACUUACCACAUCCAAAGCCAUCCCCAUGCAAGUGGAUGGGGAACCUUGUAAGCUAGGAGCUUCCUGCAUACGCAUUUCACUGCGCAACCAAGCAAACAUGGUGCAGAAGACCAAGAGGAGAAACUCCAUGCCUCUAUUAAAUGAUCAGCAACCAGUUCCAGAACGGCUAAGAAUCCGCGUAAGCCGAAUUGGCAUGCAUGACUAUGAGGCACUUCACUAUGACAAGGAGAAACUCAAGGAAGCAUCUGUGCCUUUAGGAAUUAUUGUAGUUCCAGGAGACAGUGAUUUGGAAUUAUGCCGGACCCACAUUGAAAGGCUUCAAGAGGAGGGAGAUGGAGCCAAACCAAAGACGUUGUCAUGCCAGAAGCUCUCCCCCAAAUGGUGCUUCCUAGACUCAACCACAGCAGAUCGUUUUUAUAGAAUAGAUCGUGCCCAGGAACAUCUUAACUAUGUAACAGAGAUCUCCCAGGAUGAAUUGUUUGUGUUAGACCCAGAACUGGUGCGCACUCAAACAGUGGGCACGUCUCCUGCCAUGCCUGACCUUGUUGAUGUUCCCUCAACACCCACAAAGCAACACCUUCCUCUCCCAAUGUCUCCACCAUCGACACCAGUCUCCAGCUCAGCAAUGGACAGCAGCCAGAUCCUUAAAGAUGAUGCUUUGAUAGAUGCUGCCAAGAAUAACGAUUUCCCCAAGUUCAAAGAACUGCACCAGGCUGGAAAAGACUUGAUGAUCCGUGAUCCCACAGGCCAAACUGUCCUUCACCAUGCUGUCAAAUCAGGGAGUAAGGAGAUUGUGAAAUACAUAAUUGAAAAUGCUCCUGCAGAGAUUUUGGAUGUGGCAGAAGAAGAGACUGGUGAGACCAGUUUACAUCAGGCUGCAGCUCUUCGCCAGCGGACCAUCUGCCAUUACAUUGUGGAGGCUGGAGCUUCACUGAUGAAAACAGAUCUGCAGGGAGACACACCCAAGCACAGAGCUGAGAAGGCAAAUGAUCCUGACCUGGCUGCCUACCUCGAAAAUCGACAGCACUACCAGAUGAUCCAACGGGAGGAUCAGGAAACAGCUGUGUAGCGCUCAGCAUGCCUUUAUCCUUCUUCUGGGGGCAGAAGCAGAGUGGCACAGGAACCUGGCUAGCCUUUUCUUGAAUAUUGAUCACAGAGAGGAUCAAGAGCUUUUUGUCUGGGCUUGGCCAUGGUGCUGUUAUUUAUUAAUGUAGUGGGUGUUGAACAAUGCUGACUCCACAUCCCCCACCCCCACCACAUUCCAUGGAUGGACACUGUUGCCUAAUGCUUCAUUCCUAUCUGCUUCCAAGUUCUCUUGAGAGUCAUUGAUGCUCCUCUCAAAGCAGGAAAAAGAUUCCUUCCUUGCUAUUGCUGGAGCUCACUUUCAGAUAUCUGCCCCCCACUCCACUCUACCCCACCCUCUGCAACCAUGUGCUAUGUCCCUACAGGCAGCAUCUGCAAUCCUUUCAGGUCUCCUGAAGCUUCAUCCCACCAAUUCUGCUGAUUCCUAGCAGUGGGUAUUGUCUUUCUCAAUAGUUUCAUCAGUAGCAAUGCCCAUUGUCUUGGUAUAUUCUAUACUGGAAUAUUGCUAGCACAAUUUUUGAGAAGGCAUACAGAAAAGACACGUGUUCAUUUACUAUAGUCCUAUCUUGUUGCUCAGGCACUGUAGUAUUCAAUUACUUGUGUAAACUUUGGGUGACGGUCGCAUUGGCAAACAGUCCAAGUAUCCAGAGCAAGCUAUGGGCUAGGCUUGCUUCCUCUCAGUGCAGCAUAUCCCUCUUCUUCCCUUUCUUUCAUGUCCUUUAUUCUGUUGACCCUGUACUGCAAACCCCAUGCUGUAAAGGGUGUUUAUAUAGCUUGUAAAAACAGGGAACACCAGGCAAAAUCCCACUCCCUCCAAUUUAAGUUGCUGCAAGCUGAGUUUUGAGACUGCCACACUAAAUGUUUUGAGCAUCCUCUCCAGCUUUUUUUCCUUUUUUCCCCUCUUUCUAUUCUCAUAUAUCGCCUUUUUUCUGCUUUCUGCAUUCACUGAUUUAGGAAAUAGUAGCCUGUUGUGAAUGUAUUCAAAAUAUGUUUAGACAGCCUGAAGUUUGCUGAAAAGGGGACACAAAUCUCAUCUGAAAAGGCCAUUGGUACUUGUCAUUCUUAAGGACAAAGCAUUACCAGUAGGGAAAUUACCUUUUCGUUUUAAGGAGAUAUGAGUAACUAUGAAAUACAUUGAUAUGAAAGGAACUAUUCCUAUCAACCAGUGUUAAUGGCACAUUUAUCCUUUGGUCCAGGGACUUGUACUGACAGUAGCAGUAAUGGAUCGAAAAGUUCCUGCACGGCCAUCUGAUUCCUUGCCUGAAUAGGAAUGGUCUCUACAAUUUGCUCCUAGACUCAUGCACGGGCACAUAGUCAUCCAUUCCAAUUUAUAAUACUUUGGUGCACACACUUAACAGUGUGCAAGCACUGUGAGCACUAUUGCAGGCACAUCCUACUUACCUUCCUAAGAUGUUUGGUUGCCCAAGUCUCCCAGCACUAGCUGUUUGUCCCUUUUUUUAGUUUUGCUGAAACAAAACAACCCAAAACUUCCUAACACUUAAUGUUCAGAGAACUUGAUAUGAUAUUACUAUAGCUAGUAAUGGGAUACUUGUUUCCUUAACUGCUCUGCGCAUCUCUAGCUGUUAAAAAAAACUUAUUGUAGUCAAACUGCAUAUAAAUUGAAUAGGUGGUCAGCUGAUGCCAUAAAAUAGGAACUAUAUGAAAUCCAGCUGACGUGCACUUGAGUUUUUACAACUUUAUACAUGCGCUGUUCUAUCUGAACAACUCAGAUUAAAUAAGGUGAGAGCUCUACUUGGUCAAGAAGAGUGGACUGAAACUGGACCAAAAGUUUUUAUUAAUUUACAUCUCCAGGGUGGGCAAGAAUUCUUAAAUCUCAGUGAAGCCAGGGGCUCUGCUCUGGAACCACUGGAAAACAAGUCACUUUCCAUGGACUGAUGACACUGGACCACAAACGAGCACUGAGUCUUAAGGGCCCACAGGAGAAGUCUUUGUGCACGGAAUAUUUUUAAAUUGGUGCAUCGUAAAGGGCAUGAGAGGCAAGCUGCUGGUGAAGAGAAACCUGCAUGCAAAACUUACCAGAGGUUACCUUUCAUAGAUGCAAGGGUUUGAAUUUAGAAAGAACAGUCUUUAAGGCCAUGAUUCUCUGACUUUUAGGAGGCUCAGCAAGAUUAAGGUCAGGAACCUGUUGCAUACCACCCAGAUAUAUAAGAAUAUCCUAUAUCUGCCCGGACUUGCUUGCUUGCUGCAUCUAAUCCUUUUAAGGUUGAGGUACUAAAAACCUCUGAUAGCAACUGAAACUUUAACAGAUGGCCUUGUAUCCAUUUGAAUCCCCUCUGGGAGCUUGCUUUUUUCCAUCUGGUUGUGUCCCUGUCCUCCUUUAAAUGUGGCACCAUGCAAAGGAUUAUACCCAAAAGCAGACUGCACAGCACUCUGAGCAUGGAUCCCAGGCAAGAUGUGAAUUGUCCUAAAUCAGAAGCACCGUCAUCUCUUUGACAUCAUCCCCUGCUUUCCUCUCCAGAGAUGUGGUAAAAUAGCCAAAACCUUUGGGCAUCUGAGUGUGGUGCAGAUUCGCAGCUGCACCGUAUCAAGCCUAACUGGUUGGAUCAGCCAGGUCCUUGGCCUUUUACAACUGCCGUGCCAAUAAUGGCAAACUUCCCAUCCUGGAUGAUGAUGGAUAUUGUAGGUCAGCUGAAGAGAAUGCCCCAGCCUUUGCUCUAUCUAGCAGGACUCCUGCUCUGGGUUUUUAAAAUUGUAAACAUUCCUCUAUAUAGCUGAAUAUACAAGCUGACUCCCUAAACGUGUUUUAUACCCCAUAGGCCUGCUAUCUUUUCUUCCCUCCUUUUAUAUGUCUUCUUAAACUUUGUACAGGUAGUUCAAAAGCACACUGUUUCCUCAUCUCUAAAUGUUUGUUUGUGCAUGUGUGUGUCCUAAGCUGAGUUGCUGUGCAAUUCAAACCUUGGCUUGUUCUACUCCAAGGGGGAAGGAGUGUGUUUGAGAGUGUUUUCCCCCUGUGCAAUACCUAAUUCCCAUUUCCUAGAUUCAGACUAGUAGGACACUUUUGGUUUGACUGUUUUGGUUUGGGUUGUGUUUUUUUUUAAUGUAACUACAUUGGAAGCUUGUGCUUCCGUUGGCUUUCUCUUUGACAGUUUAAAUGUUUUGUUGAGUUUUGCCAUUAAAAUAGAAGGAUGAACAUUUUA